GGAAGAAAUCUGAAGCGAGAGGACCAGGUUCAGCGGGGGAAACGGGGGGUAUAUGAAUGUUUGUCGCAGGACUCAUAAUGGGCGAUCGAAGACGCCUGAACGUGUGGAAUUGCAGCUGGAAAUGUUUACUCCACCGUUCCACGGAAGAUGUCGGGGCAGCAGACCGAAUCUGGACGACGAUGGUUAUCGUGAAGAGUGGAAAAGGAAGACAAAUGCCUCGAAUUGAAGCCCGAAAAGUCCCGAACCCCAGAUGUGGGCACGAGGUGGUCCCGGAAGGGAUGGCGGAUGCACCAACUAGAAGUGAGCAAAUAACACAAGCUUCGGAAACAGGAUCAGAGAUUUGAGGCGGUAUCACGGAUAGCGCGUCAGGGGAUGAUGAAUUAAUGUCUCAUUAACGGCACUAGUGGGAGUUGGUACGCAGGUUUGGAGUGCUUUGGAGUACAGGGAUGGGACGCUGAAGCUGCUAGUGAGGGCCAGAGUGGGAAUUCGUGGCCCCGGCGCUACGGGAACGAGGUAUUUAUCAUUAUGUGAUGGUCUUGCAGCCUGCCGCGCGCAGCCACCACCGGAUCAUCGAGUGAAUGAAUGCUGAAAAGAGGUCAUUCAAUUACAAUUUACAGAGUUCCAAGGACAAAAGAACCGUCUACUCCUGUUAGCUGGCGGAACAAAUAACAAUGGACGUAGAGAGACGGGCAGAUGGAACGGGUUGGAGUGGUGACGUUGAAUGAGCUCAAUGUAAGAGAUGGAGUCUAGAGGCGAUAAAACAAACCAUAGCUGCGUACUAGGGAAAUUGCG